AUGAAAUUAGGGCCUGAAUCGCCGAUACCAGAGAGGACAGAGAAAAACAAUGCUACCGAAACCGUACCAGCCGAGGCAUGGACGUUGCACUGCGAUGCGCCGGUAGAUGUUGAGAAUGGCAAGACACGAGGAUGUGAAAGCUGUAUUCCGAAAUAUUGUAGAUCUCCUACUCGCAAUCGGAAGCUGUUAUCGCCCAGUAGUAAAACACCACAAGGCGGCGGUAAGAAUGCAGCAAUUGUGAAUGGCAGAAGAAGUUCCCGAGCAGAUGCCGGAUUCGCAAAGUGUUUCACAAGGCGACGCCAAGAUGGUGCCUGGAAGGUGGACCAGGAAAAGCUCCGGGAAAACGUGGUUGCUUUGUCCCAGGGGUUUUCGGUUGUUUUUUUAACUGUACUCAAAUGGGCCAGAGCUGUGCGAUCAGAGUACAACAAAAGUGGAGGAUCAUAUUCACCCGAGGUUUACGACUUUCUGCAAAUCUUUCGAACGACUGUCUCGACAAGAGUGCUACUGCUUUCGGUCUCCCUGAUCGGACUGGUUGGGACACCUUUGGUUUUCUACAACUGUAUACCAGCCAAUUCUCCUUCAGGCUUUGUCAAAGCAAUCACAACCUUUUGGGAUGGAUUCUUGCUCCUCUCCUCUCCCAUUGCAUUCUGCGGUUGUCUUCUCGUGUCAUUCUACUAUGCAAACACUGCUGACGACGCACGGCGGCGGCAAGAUGAUUGGCACCGUCGUUAUAAGCAAUCCGCCUCGGGCGACUGUAUCUCAGGAUUCGUCCAAUUCCUAAUCCAUUCCAAGAAACUUCGAUUCCAUCGGCUGUCCUUUGGUAUCAUGUACCUCCUAGUUUUCCUUGUUGGACUGAUUGGGCCUUGGACACUCAUACUGCCCAGCUGGCUUUGGCAUCCCUUCCUGUGGGGGAGAUAUCAAGUCACAUGGCCAUCCAAGCUCGCCCCGGCCAUGCAAGGACUUUGCAUUGACUACUCAUUGAAUGAAGGCAAGAACGGGCGUCUACCCCUGUGUCUAACAAAAGACAACUGGAAUACGCUAAGCACUGGAGCACUAUCGAGCAAAUCAUCGGCAGAUGUUGAGGCUGUAUUGGCUGGGAUCUCUUACGGCAAACAAAAGUCGGGAGGCAUUGUCAUCAGCAUACUGGCACGCGAUGUUGUCGAUUUCAUAGCUCCGUUGCGUCAGAAUGUGGAAAGUCUUGUUCCAUUCUUUUCCAACGUCGUUGUUGUUGUGUUUGAGAAUGAUAGCAUGGACGGUUCCAGGGAAGCAUUCAAACGGUGGGGUCAAGUUGUCAAAGGCUACGAAGUCGACCUUAUCGAAUGCGACGAUGCUGUCGAUUGCAAGUUUGGAAAGAUACACCGCGAUGAUGUUGGAGACUUUUCCCAUAGCAGUGCAAUUGGAGAUAUGCACAAGUACCGCCAGAGAGUUGUGGACUACGUCCUUACAAAGCCCAAGUACCACGAUUUCAGUCAUAUGUUAGUGCUUGACAUCGACCUUGGAGUGUCCCUUUCUCCAUUCGGUGUCCUUCACACUUUGGGCACACGGCCAAACAACCCUGUGGCAUCUGCUGGCCGACAGCCAUGGCCGACAGCCUUUGGGUCGCUCGUCACACCGUACGAUUUCUCGGCGUUCCGCCCGUAUGAAACAAAGAAGAAUGCGAGACUCGUGGAACUACAGAAAGCAUUUUGCGAAAUCAUGCCACCGGGGGAUCGAUGGAGAAACGAAUGCGAUGCCUUAAGCCCCAUACAAAUGAUUCAUGUGCUUGCCCAUGACAGGAUCAAUUCCGAUUUCGUCCGGGUGGGGUCUGCAUUCAAUGGGGCUGUUAUGUACCCACUGAAACUAAUACGUGAAAGCAAUGCCCAAUAUGAUGCUGGAGACGAUGGUCAGCGUUGUGAACACGUCGGCUUCCAUUUGUCGCUGAACAAACCAAUGUAUCUGAAUCACAAGUGGGAUAUGCAUUUGAGUCCCACAAUCCCUGGUGGACCGAAUGGACAUCGAGCGCAACGAACUGCAUCAAGGAUAUUCUUCUCGGCGAAACUUGCGUCGGUGCUGCAAUUGAUACAUAUAAGUCUCACCUCAUGCUUUGUCUGGUCAUCCAUGACAUUUGGAGCUUUUUUCCUCUACCCCCUUCUCUUUCGAGGGGAGCUCAGAGGACUCCUGCUGCUGAAAUCUGCGAACAAGGGUAGACGGCACUCUUCUCUGACGGGAGUAAAGACAGUGUAA